CUGGGGGCGUGGCUGGGGGCGGUGCACUCCGAGUCCGCUAGCCGGCCGAGGUCCUAGCGGAAGCCCUCGCGCCCGGAAGCCCCCACGCUCGGUCCCGAGAUGUCUGCCAGCAAGCGGGUGGCGAAGAAAAAAAAAAGAGGAAAGGCUCUGAAGAGAGUUUACUCCCAAGUGGUAAUAUCUGGAAGCAGCGAUCUGCACCUUCCUCCCACCCAGUACCUCCAGAGCUUGGAGCUGGAGAGUCUCCAGGCAAAGCUUCCCCGGUACCUACGGAACCUGUUCAGCCAUGAUGCCGAUGUCCUGGUGUGGCACGCCCUCCUCCUGCCUGAGGAGCCACCCUACAACCUCAAGGCUUUCCACCUGCGCAUCAACUUCCCUGAGGACUAUCCGUUCAAGCCCCCUACGGUGACAUUCACCACCAGGAUCUACCACCCCAACGUGGGCCACAAUGGAGAGGUUUGCCUGCCCAUCAUCAGCAAGGAGAACUGGAGUCCUUACACCAAGACCUGCCAAGUCUUGGAGGCCCUCAAUGUGCUGGUGAACAGACCAGACCUGGGGCAGCCAGUCCGGUUGGAGCUCGCAGACCUACUGAAGCAAGAUCCGGAGCUGUUCCACAGGGAGGCCAGGGAGUUCACCCUCAAGUAUGGAGUCGACCGGCCCUCCUAACUGGUUCUGACCCCUCUCUUUGCCGGAUCCUCUCUGUGUGACGGGCGGACAUUUCAUGGAAGCUGUGGGGGGCCGGGGGGGGGGUGCGGCCGGAGCCUCCUGUCAUUUGUUGCAUGUUUUCCUUCUUAAGUAGCUAGUCAUUAGCCUGUGUGUGUGUGUGAGCGUGUGUGUGUGUGUGUGUGGCAUGGACCCAUUCCCACGUUCACCUGGCCACAGUGUGCUUUUCCUGCUCUUUCUCUGCCCCAGAGGCAGACGAGUUCACGUUUGUGCAAUUACAGGCCAGCUCUCCAGGGCUCCGUGCUCUCACAGACACAGGUUGCCUUCAGGCCAGCUGGCAGGAAAUGAACCUAGGAGCCGCCUCGCAUCCCCCUAGGGCCCAGGCAGAGGGGCAGAGGGGAUGUGAGGAGUAUGGGGGGGGGGCAGGGCACUUGGAGAGAGUCAUAUUUACACUUGAGUGAUUUGUUUAUUAUUUGAAGUCAGCCAGACUGCUAAUAGGUACUUCAUGUCUAGAUUUAUGCGCGAAACCUUUCCUUUUCCCCUGAUGAGUCAUGAAGUGAAGAAUCUAAUCUCUAUCCAGAAA